AUGAGUAGUACAUCCGACUUUUCCUUGGAUGAUAUCACUCCAUUAACUACCAACUCCAACGCUUCCACCAGCUCCGCCAUUAAAAGUUCCCCUAUAAGGGCGUGUGAAGAUCAAAACGAUUUUUUACAUUAUUUGGAACCCAAUCCGGUAUCACCUCCAGAUUAUCAAACUUUACCCCCUGGGGGUUGUCCAAAAUAUCCAAUUUAUGAUAAUUUACACACUGAAGAAUUACCUGGUUAUACUCCUUCGGUAUACAAGAUUGGAUGUAUUGGAAGGAAAUUGGAAUGGCUCAAUCCAUAUGAACCAUCAACUUCAAGAUCCUGGAAAAAUGUCAUUAUGGAAUUGAAUUCAACUCAGUUGAAUUUUUAUUCUAUUCCGGCUAAUGUUGAACCUCAUUUAAUGACUUUCCAACCUUUGUUCAAUCUUUCUAUGAACAAUUUCGAACAACACAAGUCUUUAUUGACUAACAACUAUGAUUACCAAUUCCAUAAAUAUUGUCAAAGAUUAAAUCUUUUGAAUAGUAAGAAACUUAUCAGAAGUUAUUCACUUCAAUACUGUAAAGUGGGUUUAGCUACUGAUUAUAAGAAGAAGUCUAAUGUUUUAAGACUCAGAAUUGAAAGUGAACAAUUAUUAUUGUUUUUCAAUAACACUAAUGAUUUGAUCAAUUGGAAUUUGGCUAUCAAUAUCGCCAAAGACUUAUCUUUAGACUUGAAUGUUAGAGAUAUACCAAAAUAUAGAACAGUUCCAAGAAGAAGAAGAAGAAAUAGAGAAGUCAUUUAUCAAAAUGUUAAUGGCAGAUCAAGAAGCUAUUCUGAUCCCAUUUCAAUCAUAAAUUCAAAGUUUUCCAAAUUGAAGUUGAAAUUAAAGAGAGAUUCUUUACCUGAUUUGAAUAAUAUUAUUCAUGAAGAAGAUUUGGAUAUCGACUCUUUCAAUCCAAGUUCAAACUCAAGUACUUUUGAAUUACAAUCAAGUAAUAGUUCUGUUUUUGCAACCAAUAAUACUGCUGCAAGCAUUACUACAAAUAAUAGCUCUAACUUACCUUCAACGAAUGUUGAUGAAACUUUUGAAGAUGAUGAAGAAGCUGAUGACAUAAGUGAACUCCAUUCGGAUGAUGAAGAUGAAGAAGAUCCUGAAAUAUCCAGGUUAAAAAAAUAUAGCGAAAAGUGGAAUCCUUACUAUAAACCUCAAACUCAAAGAAGAUAUUACAAAAACUGUCUCAGAUGUAUUAAACCUUUGACUACUGACGAAUCAUGGGUUUCCAAGAAUUUGGUCAAACCUACAUCUAUUUGUCCUGACAUGAAAUUUGCAGAUCAAAAAGUUAGUCAUUUUGUCAAAGAGUUUAUUGUGGGUUCACAUGGAUUGAUUCCAGCUGACCAAAUUAAUGUUUAG